CUUUGGUGCAGAAAGCGAAAAAGAUAUCCAGCCUUCCGGACCUGAACGGAUCCCGUAGCAUGUUCAUCUUCUACGGAUAGUAGACGUCUGUUCAUACUCUUUUCAUUCAAUCAACGUCAACGUCUGCACGAUGACGACCUCCAGCAGCUACGUGGCUGUGGUGGAAUUCGCCGAGAACACGAGUCCGUCUGUGGCCAUCCAGAACCAGUUCAGCACAUCGUUCAACCCGCUGCAUGUCCCACAUCGAGAGCAGGACCAGGUGAUGCGACUCACGUGGCUCAUGGUGCUGUUCGUGCUGAUGUACUCCGUCAUAUUCAUUGUGGGCGUCUCCGGAAAUGCUCUGGUCGUGUUUAUAGUAAUGCGCAACAAGGCCAUGCAGACGAUCACGAACAUCUUCAUAACAAAUCUCGCCAUUUCGGAUAUACUGAUGUGUCUGCUGGCAGUUCCCUUCACGCCCAUUUCAUACUUCCUCAAUUCGUGGAUCUUCGGGGAGGGACUAUGUCACAUCGUCCCCAUGAUUCUUUGUAUCAGCGUUUACGUGUCGACACUCACCUCCACGGCGAUCGCAGUGGACAGGUAUUUUGUCAUUGUGUAUCCUUUCAAGCCGAGGAUGAAGGUCUACAUGUGCGUCCUCAUGAUCAUUGCCAUCUGGAUUAUCUCGGUGUCCAUAUCCCUGCCUCUGGGAAUCUACCACGAGGUGCAGGAGUCCGGCAACAACAGCAACAGCUUCGCGUGUUCGGAGAAAUGGCCUCGUACCCAGGCGCGGCAGUUUUUCACCGUGACGAGUCUCGUGCUCCAGUACAUUGUGCCUUGUAGCAUCAUCACGUUCUGCUACACGAUGGUCUCCCUUGCACUGAAAAAGAGGAUCAAGGUUAAGAUAGGAAGUGGAUGCAGGACGAGGGAGAGGGACGAACUGGAGACCAAAAGAAAAAAGAGGACCAAUAAAAUGUUGAUUGCCAUGGUUACAAUUUUUGUAUGCUGUUGGUUGCCGUUGAACAUCGUCCAUCUUGUCAGGGAAUACGAGAAUUCAGUUGACGAUUGGUUUUAUUUUACCCUCACGUUUUUCAUUUCCCAUGUAAUUGCCAUGAGCUCCACUAUAUACAAUCCUUUCCUUUAUGCGUGGAUGAACGAAAAUUUCAAAAAGGAGUUCAAGCAAGUCGUGCCAUGUUUUUUCUUAGGGGCUGGACAAUCUACCACAAACAGUAGCUACACCCAGUACACAAAUGUUGACACGCAACCGUCUGUUAUUAUCAACAGAUCACCCAUGAAAAACGGCAAUGACAAUUGUGCCAAGGAGACGAAAGCUAUUUACGAUGCUGAUUCAGAAAAGGUUCAUUUAAAUAUUGCAGAAGAGGAUAAGGAUGAGGCAACAUGACAUGUUAGUCGUUAAAGGGAUACCAACCUUGCAAUGCCUUUUUCUUGGACUCGACAUAUCUGCUUUUAUACUUGAUACAUUUUAGCUUGCCCGUUGGUGUUACUUAUGGAUUAAUAAUACUGAAAGGACAUGCACUACGGAUGUGCAUAAACCAGAGACUGUAUUUGAAUCCAUGAAACUGAAUGCAGACAGGAUGCUGGUAGAAGACGGGUCUUAUUUCGUGUCAUAAACGAACUCUAAGGACGUGUGUUUUGAAAUUGAUGACGGUGAUGCAUGACGGUCAGGGAUUGACAACGACUCGUUGUGCCAGUAUUGCGUGUAGCUUCCGGUGGUGAGAACUGUGUCCUAAUUUACUAGGGUGUGGCGGUGCAGUGGAAACGAUCCUAUUUUACUAGACGUGGAGGUGUGAAUCACGUUCAUUCGGUUUAACGUCUGCGAGAGUUAACGUUUGAUUUAGGACUGGUAUUACUACCCACUCGUAUAUUUUGUAAUACGAUUGCUGUAAAGUGCAGUUAAGGGAAGACGUUAAAAAUCUUGACAAGUACAGUUAUAUCCACUGGAGAUUCAAGUAUGGCCGUCCUGGACACAAUUUUCUGUUCUCAAGGGAGGUAGUGGUAAAAAACAACACACAGGCAGCUCCAUAAAUAAUGAUUGAAAAGUUAAUUACGUGACAUUUGUGUAAGUAGCUCAAAUGGCUGCCACUACUAUGACGUCCAAUAAAAAGGUGUAUAUGUGUGAUAACUGAACUGAUUGAUGGUUGUCUUAUGCGAUAUCGCUACUGGAUAUUCACGAUGUUGAUAUCUCUGAUACAUAUUCAUGAAAUCCGCAUGCUGUUAACUUGCGGAUUAUUCAAGAUCGGUGACAUCAUUAAAUGUAUAUACAAUGUAAUAUAAAUGUGGGCACGAAGUAUUCCUUAACGCUUUCAUCGUUGGUUAUUCGUGAAAACUAGUGUAUUGGAUUUCCAAAACUCGCGCAUCACUGAGUAUCCAUAUCGCUAUUAUCAGUAGGUGUUUUUGCGAAUAUAGACGUGAAUGAAUAUUCGCGAACGCCGAUUCAUAAACUAUCCAUAAAUGCCGAUAUCGUGUCUGUUUUGUCGGUGUAUCCAUCUUAUCCGUUUGUGUCUCUAUGACAACGGUGCCUGAUCAUGUAGACGUUUUGUUGUUUGCCAUUAUCAUACCAUUUUUGUGCUGGGGUGUCGUUAAACAUUCAUUCAUUCAUUUAUUAUCAUACCACAGCAAAAAUUAAUACUAAAACACCGUAUAGUUCGUCAGCUAUUUCUGUUUAGUCAUUAACGCCAACAACAAUUUCGAUGAUUAUUUUUAAUGGUGUGUUUUAAAGACCAGGGCCCUGUUUCACUAAACAUCGUAAGCCAAGUUUUGCACGUAAACGUAAAUUUACGACUAAACUACAAUUCUUAUUACUAUUAUAGUACAGCAAAUAUAGUUAGAAACACACAUAUUUAAUUUUCGUUUGUCCUUAAAAUGCUCCAUUUUCCUUAAUGGUGUAAUUUUCUUCGUGAAAAUAGAUGGCAAACACUCGUAAAUGUAUACCUGGUAUAACUGCUAGUCGCAGACGUAAAUUUACGAUGUUUUGUGAAAUUGCUCCCAGGGAUCCAUUCUACGAAAUAAGGUUAAUUGUAGUGACUUACGGCAAAGUUUACGGCUGACACAGGUAAUAUUUACAAACGUUCCAAAAGGCAACCUUACGGCAGUCCGAUUUCACAAAAAGAUUUUAACGUCAAAGUGGCAUUUACAACCAUUCGGAACAUCUCGGAUGUUUCGGUUGGUACCGGACACCCACGAAGUAACUUUACUAAUUUAUUUACGAAGUUAUAUUUGCCGGAUGCAACAGACAUGAGAGUUAUUUCCCGUAUGAAAAUGUGUGUUUUUUAUCGAAUGCCCAGUUUCAUAAAAGCUAUCAGCAGAUUCAGUUUGACGCAAAUUAAAUCGUACCCUUCUUAGAAAAUCAUAAAAUAUAACUUUUACUGCGAUAAUCAACGGGAAUUUGCGUGGGUGUUUUUAAAAUAAAUAAUGGCAUAAUCAACUGGUAUCUGAAAAAAAACCAUGACUAUGUUACAAAAUGAAUAUGGUACGAAAUGACUAUGGUACCACGAAACGAUUUUGGUAAGAAAUGGCCAAACAGCGUUGUACGAAAUGACUAAGAAUCAUUCACAUGCACUCGGUUUGUGCCGUGCUGCGAGUCGUUUUCAUGCGGCAUGCAAUGUGUUUUUCCACUAGAGCAUAUUGAUUUAUUAAUCAUCGGCUAUUGGAUGUCAAUAUCCUAUGUCAAUCAGGCUCUCUCUCUCUCUCUCUCUCUCUCUCUCUCUCUCUCUCUCUCUCUCUCUCUCUCUCUCUCUCUCUCUCUCUCUGCAAUUGUGGAUAGGUAAUGACGUGUUGCGUAUAUCAAACAUUCUAUAAAUACGCCUAUUUAAUAGAUAUUUUACGUCAAAUAAUAUUGCGAAUGUGAUGAGUUAUUAAUACUAUUGUUGCUAGCAUAUCCAUAACAUUCAGCGUACAUCAGCUGUUACAAACGUGAAUCAUUGUGUUUUAUGACCGUGUAUACACUGUGUUAUGUAUGUCCUUGUAUUGCGAUGCUGUGACGUUGUAUAUCUGUACUUCAAUGGCGGUACCUUAAAUUAUAAAGUGUGGUUCCUUACAAUAAGCUACAAGUGUUUUGACUCAAUUAUUUUGGGGCCAAGAAAACAUCAACAAUUUACUAUCAGUCUAUUGAAUUACCACAUGUUGUUGUCGUUUACAGCUUUACUUAUUGUUGGCGUUUUACUGUACAUAGCAUACCUUUGUUACUAAUACUGUAAAAUCUUCCUGUCCGUUAACAAAUUUGAAAGGGAUAAAUUAACGUCUGUUCUAUUAAAGCGGCUCACCACUAACAGGAAUCCUAAAUCAUGAUGGCCGUCUACACAGUGAUUAAGCCAGCUUACGUGGUGUUAGUUUUAUUGGAAGAAAAGACCCAAUGAUGCGAUGGCUCAGCAUAAACCAUGACAUAACGACCAUCAAGACAUAAUUCCUUCAUGCAAUCCUCUGCAGUCCGAGCUGAUAUCAGCUGUUUAUAAUCGACUCCAUACGGGAUCACCGUUAAUACAUUGAGCCAACAGUAAAACAAGUGUUUUUUGUGUGUGUGGGUGGGUGGGGGGAGGGGGAGUCUUUGGAGUGAGUAUUGUAACAUCAGUGAUUCCCCAAGCAAUCUAUGGUGAUUGUUUUCGUAUGGCAAGCUGUCCAUUUUGUAUCAUAUUCAGGACUGUUCUUUCAGGCAUUAAUGUUUAUAUACUGCAAUGGUGAGAAUAUUAUAGUAAUUCAUUAAUUUGCGAAUAUUCCCAGCAAAUUAUCUUGUCAAUAAACUUAUUGUAACAUCACUUAGAAUAUUUGGGAAAUAUGCACCUCAUGGCAAUUGUAUGAAGCGUUAUUUUUAACAGCGUGUUUCCAUAAUUUGGCAAAAUAUGUUUUAUAUGUGGCUGGGUUCUUAACAAAUGCCACUAAACAGACAUGACAAGCUUGCCUCUACCAAUCAACUCCAUCCCCCACCCCAGCCACUCAACCCACAUACUUCCUAUUUAGGAUAUACUCAUUAUUGAAUUUCCAUUCGUAUAGCCUAUUAAAGAAAGAAAGAAAUGAUUUAUUUAAUGAAGCCACUCAGUUCAUUUUACUUACAGUUAUAUUGCGUCGGGCUGCUCGUUUCGAUUAGUAGCAAGAGAUAUUUUAAUAUGCAGCAUAUCACAAAUAUUAUAGUACAUACCAUGGCCAAUAACAAGAGAAGCUAUGUGAUUGGUACUGGCUUCUUUUUCAACUUUCUAGACCACCCUUUGCAAUUCGCAAAAGUCAUAGAGUGAGCAAUGAUUGACGCUGACUACACAAUGUACUUAGAUCACAGUAAAAAAAAGUCCAUUACCUUCCUUUUUGUAAUUUGACGGGUAAAAACAAUUAUAUCUUGAUCGUCGAUAGCGGCUGCUGGAGCCACUAUAUUGUAAAUAUUUAUUGUGUUUGAAAAUAGCAUGCUGGUAAUGCUAGGAGUAGUUAUUUCUAAAGCAUUACGUCGGUACUAAAACGCAAAACUAAUUAUACACUUAACUAAAUGGAUACUAACCCAGACUACCUUUGUGUACAAGUCGUUAAAUGACAAUACUAUAUUUUUAGUUAUUUGUUUUGGGGCAAUGUGCCAAAUAUAUAAAUAUGACUGGGAGGAUACAUUUAGAUCCCACUAUUGUUCACGGAUCAUUGGUAACAGUGUACCCUGGCUAUGUCCACCAAUUGAUAGAGGCUUUUUAUCUCCUAUUAUUGCAAGCAAAUUAGUCAUUAUAUGUAUUCACGAGAGAUUCAUAAAACACUGAGCAGAAAUCUGUUUAUUUGCUUUGUUAUACAUUGUUGAUUUUGAAUUGUUGUCAAGGCAGAGUUUCACAUAAAUACUCCAUUUGUUGCUUUUUAAUGGGAGUAACUGUAUAAAUAGGUAUUAUUAUACAAGUUGUACUGAUUUUACGAAACGAUUGUCAGGGUUAUUGUAUUAAGCGAGAGCGAGGGUAAUACAUGAGUUCUGACACGAGUAUCGUAAAAUCAGUAUGACUUACACGCGAGUGUAAUCAUUUUUUUAUUACCCGCAUUAUCCAAACUAUUAUUUUCACGAAUAACAAGCUAGGACCAUGUCAAAACGUUUCAAACGUAACUAAAACGAGACGAGGAAAUGACAUCAUUUACACUGGGGAAGCCGCAUUAAGUUAUUAACGUAGCUUCACAAAUUACGUCAUUCGUUGUGACGUGAAAACAUUUUGACGCACAUGGGUCAUACUGGUUAUAUAUCACUGAAUAUCUUGAACUAUGUGGAUAAUAAUAUCAUACACUAUACUCUGAUCUAACGAAAGAGUUCUAGGUACGUUUGUUUUAUUGCUUUUGGGUUUUGUUGGAUGGUUAGCUUAUGGGGUUUUAAAGGCAUACUGUUACGGAUUUAAAGACCUUAUUUCUCGAAAAAUGAAUAGUAAAUAAACAUUAGAUUAAUUGUUGGAAACCAAAUCUAGCUAUUGCAUCACCGUAAAUGAACCAUGAUGAAGUGAAAUCCACGUCAAGCCUCUCGCCAAUUUUAGUUUUUGAAUUAUGGACCAUUGCCAUAAUUGAAUUAUUUUUACAAAAUAUCGUUAAUAAAUGGAGUAUGGUGGUUAUAAAGAUUGUUGAAGUAAAUAAAUUUUUGUUCA